AUGGCUGAGAUCAAGAUUGCGAAAGUAGAACAAGGUCAGACCAAGAUUAGGAAUGUUCCAGUAGCUGUAACUCCUGAAGGUUUCUGGUGUUGUCCUUCUCCUGUAGCUUUUCAAAAGACUCUUAAAUCUCAUCAUUCUCCCAACAAACACAAACAAUCUCCGAAAGCCAGAACGAUUCCAACGUCGGAGAAGGAGAAGGAGAAGAAACCGUCGUCGACGACUAUUAGAUCCGUCAUUGCUUCCGAUGAACAACAACAGAAUUCAGGUAAUCUCGAGACCCAUCAUCACAGUAUUGCUGUUCCGGUGACUGUUCAAGAGAGACCACAGAGGCAAAAGGUUGAGACUUUACCGAGGAAAGUAGCGAUUGAGUUUGGUGAACCAGGAAGUAGUGAUGCUAAAGUGAUUUUGGUAGGGAAACAAGGCUUUUGUGUGAAGCUUAGUGUUCACAAGAAAGUUUUAGUGGAUCAUAGUGGUUUAUUUGCUAAGAAACUCGCCGAGAAAGAUUCGGUUUUCGCUUGUCUUGAGAUUGAAAGCUGUGAAGAUGCAGAGAUCUAUGUUGAGACCAUUGGUCUUAUGUAUUGUAAAGAUAUGAAGCAACGGCUCCUGAAACAGAAUGUAACCAGAGUCCUUCGUGUCCUCAAGGUUGCAGAGCUUCUUGGUUUUAGUUCAUGUAUUCAAUCUUGUUUGGAUUACUUAGAAGCUGUGCCUUGGGUGGGGGAAGAAGAAGAGGAGAAAGUUAUCUUGUCGAUUCUCAGAUUAAAAACCGAAGGAGGAGUUGGUGUCACGCCUGUUCUCAAACGAGUUGCUUCUAAUGCUGUGGAUCCGCCAAAAGAGACGCUUUCUCGCAUCAUCGAGCUUGUUUUAAGAAGCAAAGAGGAAAAAAGUCGGCGUGAGAUGAAAUCUAUUGUCCUGAAGCUUCUCAGGGAACAGAAUGGGGCUAAUGUAGCUGUUAACUUGAAUGAAACGAUCUAUUCCUCGUGCCAAAACUGCUUAGACUCAGUUUUGUCUCUGUUUAGACAAGCUUCCGAAGGAGAGAAACCUGAGGCAGAUACUAAACAGAUAGCAGUAGAAGCGGAUAACCUCACUUGGCUGCUAGAUGUAUUAGCGGAAAGACAAGCUGCGGAAGAAUUCUCAAUCACAUGGGCAAACCAAAAGGAGCUCGCUUUGUUACACGAGAAGCUUCCUUUAAUGUCGCGUUACCACAUAAGCCGUGUAACCUCUAGGCUCUUCAUAGGGAUUGGGAGAGGAGAAUUGUUGCCUUCAAAAGACACUCGGCUUUUGCUGCUAACCACAUGGUUGCAACCAUUGUUCAACGACUAUAACUGGCUCCAACACGGUUGCAGAUCGUUUGAUGGUAAACUAGUAGAGGAAGGAAUCGGACGGACGAUACUGACAUUGCCGUUGGAAGAUCAGCAGAGCAUUCUGCUGUCGUGGCUCGGGAGUUUUUUGAACGGAGGAGAUGGAUGUCCGAAUCUUCAGAGAGCUUUCGAGGUUUGGUGGAGACGAUCGUUCAUUAGACCUUAUUCAGAUCGUCAGGCUAAUGGUUUGAAUCAAACAGAUUCGACUUCAAAAGAGUGA